AUGGGCUUUAUGGGCUUUAUGGGCUUUAUGGGCUUUAUGGGCUUUAUGGGCUUUAUGGGCUUUAUGGGCUUUAUGGGCUUUAUGGGCUUUAUGGGCUUUAUGGGCUUUAUGGGCUUUAUGGGCUUUAUGGGCUUUAUGGGCUUUAUGGGCUUUAUGGGCUUUAUGGGCUUUAUGGGCUUUACGGGCUUUGCGGAGCUCUAA